CGCGCACGGCCCCAACCAACUUUUCGACCACACUUCGCCAAUACAAACGUCAAUUAAUUUUUUUUUAAUUUUCCACCAGAAAAUUUUUAACUCCAUCCUACUAGGAGAGCCAUAUGUGCCCUCAACACGACUUUUUUUUUCCUACCUCUCGCGAGAAAUUAAUCGGAAAUUUCAAUUUUCACUAUCCCCUGCUCUACAGACCGCCCAAAUUCCCCGUGAAACUCGUAUGAGACACAAGCACAAAGAACCGAGGAGAUAAGGAGCUGUCACUCUGACACACCCAAAUUCUAGUUCGAAAAAAAAAUUUUCUUGACAGCUCUUUUUUUUUCUAAGCUGGUUUAGGUAAAUUUUACGCUUCUACCUCCCUUUCCUUUGAUGUCGUCUGUUUAUGCUCCGUACCGAGAUGAGCAACCCUCCGGAGCUCCUUCGCCAAACAAAAAUUUCAUGUCGGACGACCAAUUAACGAUCAAGCUCCGAAUCUCUCCAUGGACGAACAACGCUCUGAUAAACCAACGACAAAAUGCCCCCUCCAACAACGAAGACCUCGUCAAAAUGGACCAAAGACCGGCGAAUCUCAAAUGCUCCGACGACACCUCCACUUCUCAGAGCAUCGGCCAACCCUACCCCAGGGACGCCUCUUCCGCCCCCCAACAAACGCCGUCCCAACCGGACUUUCAAGCCAGCCAACGCGGCGCCCUGACUCCAAAACCCCUGGAGAUCAGCACACCAGCCUCUCAAGGCAGAAACUCCGCAGCAGACAGCGGCCCCUCUCAGUUCCUGGACCAAGACGACAACAACCAGCAAAAGAGCAAAAAAAGCCGCAACCGGAAACUAAAGAGAAGCACCACCCGCAACAAAAUGAGGGUGGGCAAGGAAGACGGCUUCGUGGGCGAAGACGGCGCUCACGACGCCGGAUACAUCGCAGCCAGAAACAUUUGGAAAACGGUCGAAAGUUAUUUCCUAGAUUUCAAUGAAGAAGACCUCAAAUUUUGUACCAUACAAACAUUAAAUUCUUGCGAAGAGUACUUCACCAUUCCUCCCCUCGGAACCAAAAAACCCGCUGAUAACAAGCCCGGACAAAACAACGACACUGUCCUAAACUCUUCGACCAAACUAGGGACAACCUCAGAAACCGAUGUCAACUGCAACUUCACAUCCCGUCUGAUUUCAGCUCUGAUAGAAGAACUCACAUUCACCCCCCCCAUCCUUCAACUCCUCAACGUCAUUCCUCGCAGCGACUCAAAACAACCACCAUACACUCACGUCCAUGACCACCCCUUCGGGGUCUUCUCGGCCCAAGAGCUCGACUUCGUCGAACAGAGAGUGAAAAAAGAACUCGUCGCCCUCGACCUCUUCAAAGACAACGCGUCCCCCUGCCCUCCAGAAGCUCAAAACCCCAAAGAGCAGGCGGCCGAACUCCCCCUAGAAACAGACGAGGACGAUGUCGUAAAAGAACUAAAAAGACUUCAAGCCGAGCUCAAAAGCCAAAUCCUUGUCAACAACGAGAUCAAGGAAAAGCUGAGAAAAACCGUCGAAGCCUCUUCGGAGUCUCGAAGAAAGGCCAGAGAAGAAAAAGAUGCGCUUUCCAAACAAGAAAAUUUUUAUGUUCAACAGCUAAAACAGAUCAUGAAAAACAAGAAAAAAAAAAUGGGUAAAACACCUUCUAGAUCCGACGAAGACGGAUGAAUCUUUUUACGACUUCACUGUAUUUAUGUUGUUAACACCAAAGCGGCGCGACCUUUUCAAAACUCGAUACGAACCAUACAAAAAACGUCAAAUGGUUUCAGACAGUAUUAAUGUUGCUUGUGUUUGAUUACCAUGUCUCUAAAGUCCUUUUCAUGCGACAAUCUGAAUGGAAGGCUUCCCAACGGCGCCAUGGCAUUCACUAUCAUGUUCGGACAGACCAGAACCAACGCCUUCGCCUCGUAAAACGUCUGAAUUUUACUCUUUUCUUUUAAAAGUUCGCACAUCCACUCGAACAAUCGACCCGUGUUGAGCGCCGCGACUAUGAAUUCUCUGAACUUCGAAUUCUCAUCGCCGAUCUGUGUGUCUCGAUUUAUUGUCUGGACCGUCCUUGACAAAAGAAGAUGUUCCUUUCCAGCGCCUUUCGCGUCCGUGCCCAUGUUCAAUAUAAAAUCCCAGAUAUGGUACUUCUUAAACAAGGAUCGACGCUUCAAUCCCCUUGCCAACACUGAUGCAAUGCUCGUGCAAAACCGAACUCUAAUAUAUAGACCCAAAUUCAAAUCCAAAAAAUCGUCUAACGCCUCCGCCUUCUCCUCUUCUGGGAUGAAAAUCGCUUUUUCCAAGAACCUGAACUUGUCUACAAAACUAGACACCGACUCGUACAAGUGAUAAAUAAUUGAUUGCUCUUGGUGAUUGAGCUCGCUGUUGUGAAGCGCGUCUACGAUGUCGACGAGGUUCCACUUUAUUUCGUCUGCUGGCGUAGAACCCCGCAUCCUCACGAACCAUUCCCCUGGUGGUGUGUAUGCAACAACGACGUAUCCUGGGAGGUGCCAAGUCAAACGGCCUUGCUCCUCUGUACCGCCCCAACUUCUAUCCCCUUCCUUUUCAAUAAUCCAAGUUCCUCUCUUUAGAGCAAUCACGUUCUUUCCUAGACUCAAAUGUACCUCCCGGUCGAUGUAAUCUGGACUUUUGUAUAGCUCUUCGAUGAUCUCACAAAACUGGUCCGGAUAGACAAUCGACACUUCCUCUCCCCACAUAUUCGUCGCCUUCCCCUCUUGAGCAGUUCUGCUCCCCUUUGCGAACCCUUCCAAAUCCGAAACAGACUCCUCCCCCUCGUCCCAAUGAGACCGGUCUGCAUCCCUUAUGAUCAUGCUGCUCUCAAUGUGCCGCUGCCGCGCGUCCUCGAUAAGACUAAUGCCACAUCGGCUGGCAAGAAUACUCGAUGUACUCUUCGACCUAUCGGUGCUUCCACCUUCACACUCGCCCAACAAAGAGGUGAGCGAAGACUCAAAUACUGCACUUCUUUGUAUCGACUCGUCUGCCGUUUGCGUAACCUCUACAGACAUGGCCGAAUAAUACUCCGAGACGUUCACCUCUUCUUCGACACCUCUUCCUAUACCUUCCUUCGAACGCACUACAAGACCGUCUGAGUCCAACCCUUGACCACGUUCGUCCGAAAACCGUCGCUCUUCCACGGCCCUCGUAUAGAUGCUCGAAACUUGCUUGCUCUUCUGGCACGUCAAAAACUCGCUCUCGCCCCUCUCCUCGCCCAUGCUUUUAACGCGUUGAAAAGCACCGGCAACGUCGGUGUCCUCACCUGUCAGAUUUUCGCGACCAUUUUCUUUUUCAUUUAGCUGACAGGUUAGUUCAGUUUUGCACAAAGCAGCCAUCCUCUUAGAUGUCCGCUUUCCUAAGUUUUUGGGUGUCCACAUGCACUGACUUUCUUCGCGCCAUUCCAACACCGACGUGAUUGCCAGAACCCACAGCUCUACCUGCGACGAGCUCGCCGCCUUCAUUAUGUACGCCCUUUCAAAAAACUUUUGCCCAGAUGGCAACGUCUCUAUGACAAACUCGUUUCCUGGACCUUUGUCUCGAUACACUACUGUAACUUGUCUCAAGUCUAUGCAAUACUCAGAUUCUUGUUGCCCUUUGUUUUUAUGACAAUGUAACUUAUACUCAGCUGAAUUCAAUACAAACCAUCUAGUUUUCCACUUUAA